UUUAAAAAGAAAAAAAAAAUAAAGGUAGAUUUUUGUUUGAAAAAAAAAAUUACUAAAUGAUUACGGUUAAACCUACCAAAAUGGUCGGAAUGAGAAAAACAAAAUAAAAAAUCGCUUGAGGAGGUUUUUUUUUUUAUAAAUAAUAAAUUUAAACAUAAACAAAACAAAUUUGUAAAAUAUUUUAUAUUAGAACACGAAAUAUAAUUAUAAAAAGAUAAAAUGUCAAAAAUGGUCCAUACUAUUUACAAAAAUAAUAAAAUAUCAUAAAUGGUCCUUGUAAACCUUUGUAUUACGCCGUUUGUGUUUUUCUAUUAUAUGAAAAGACUUUUUUUGCCUAUCUUUUAUCUGUUCUGUCAAAACCAAAAUUUCUCUCUCACUCUCGCCAAACCCCUCUUCACUUAACCUUCUCUAUCCCUUGCUUUCUCUCUGGCAACCAUAAUAACAACCAAGUUCAGAUGGAAGUGGCAACCAAAUGAUCUGUAGAUGACAUCAUCCAAGAGAAGUCCGAUGCAUGUGACCAUAAUGGGGACACAAAAGGAUAUGGUAUCAAUUUGAAGCUUUUUAUUUACAGAUUGGAGUUGAAUCCUACAGUUACAAAUUUGAUUAUAGUUGCAAAGUUGAAGUUUUUUAUUUAUAUGAAGUUAAAGAUAUUCAAAAUACAGUAAAAGAGGAUUUCAGUCUAGCGCUCUGGUUCAAACACGUUGUUCAAAGAGUUUCAGUUAACAUAAGUGGGAUGUGUGUUUAUUUUAUAUUGAUUUGCACAUUUGUGUUUUUAUUGAUUUGCAAUUGUGUGUAUAUGCAGAUUUUCUAAUUGCAGGUUGUUUUUAUAGAGAAGGAGUCUGGAAUUGGAGUGGGAUAAAUAUGUUUAUUUUUUUAAACUUAAAAGUCAUCUAUGCAACAAAUUACUUAAGGAUCAUUUGCGGUGAUUUUAUUUACAAACCACAGGGACAGUGUUUGAAAUUUUGUAGACAAAAAAAGUAUCACGUGUGACCCACUCUUUAAGGCCCGACCCAUGGAUCCUUGCCCCCCUCCCCCCUCACCUAACUAUGUAUAAAUGUCAUGUUAUUUGGAUCAAGUUAGAGCAAAAGCAAAUUCUCUUGCAAAACAAUCCAACUUUUUCCUUUUUGAAACUGUGGUUGACGAUCGUCGCCGGAGAUAUGGCCAGUUUGCUGGACAAGGCGAAGCAAUUCGUUUCGGAUGCGGUGGCGAGCAUGGAGAAGCCGGAGGCGAGUGUGACGGAUGUCGAUCUGAAAGAAGUUAGUCUCGGUUCUGUGACUUAUCUGGCUAAGGUCAAGGUGUUAAAUCCUUACAGCGUAUCUAUUCCAAUCGGCGAGAUCCGUUACGUUCUUAAAAGUGCCGGCAGUGAGAUUGCAAGCGGAACAGUCCCAGACCCAGGUUCACUGAAAGGGGAUGGUGAGACGAUGUUAAACGUGGAUAUAAAAGUACCACACAGUGUUUUGGUUACCUUGGUGAAGGACAUUGGUAGAGAUUGGGAUAUCGACUAUGACCUUAAAGUCACACUGGUUGUUGAUCUCCCUCUCAUUGGUAACAUCAGCAUCCCAAUCACUAGUACCGGUGAGGUCAAGCUCCCUACCCUCUCCGACUUCUUUACUUGAAUACAAUACACUUAAAAAAAAAAAAAAAAAAAAAAAAAAAUCAUAAAUAAGAUCAAUCUUGUACGUGUGAUGUUAUCACAUACUUUUCAAUUAUCUUAUGUU